AAGCUCUCAGUAUCAUUAAAGGGCCAGUGUAGAGAUUUGCCACUGGCUCAUGGAUGGACUGGAGCUGCUGGGAAUCGAAACUUAAGCGGGGACUUCGAGGGUUUUCUUUCUCCUCGCUGUUUGUCAUCGUCAGCACGGCCUAUCGGCUGCUAAAACUUUUGUUUUUGUUUUUGUUUUGUUAUCUCCCGUCUUUUCCCACUUCGGACCUAGCAUGACACGCUUAUAAAUUCUGCCUCGGUUCAUUUAACCUCCUCACUUCAGCAGUGGACAAGCAUGGAUCCUGCCAGGCAGAACCGCAAGGAGGAGAUAAACAAGGCUCUGGAAUUUAUCCAGUCUUCCCUGGCUUAUCCAGAACCAGAUGGCUACCAGGACUUCCUGACCAACUUAGUGUGCAACCUGCUCGAUGAGGGCAACGCCUUGUUCAAAGACAGAGAGUGGGAGCAGGCCGUGAGAGAGUUCAGUGAAGGCCUGAACGUCUCUUCCUACACAGCAGGAGAGGACAUGCAGAUCCCCGAAGCUUUGCUGGAGAGCCUAUAUGUCAACCGGGCUACUGCAUAUCACAGUAUGGGGGAAUAUGAUCGAGGUGUGAAGGACUGCGACAGAGCUCUUGAAUUGUGUAAGGACAACCGCAGAGCCCUGUACAGGAAAGCACUAUGUUUGAAGGGGCUUGGGAGGUACAAGGAGGCGUACAACUGCACCACGGACUGCCUGCUUAUCACUCGUCUGGAUAAAGAGGUGAAUGAGCUUGCACAGGAUCUGGCCAUCCACCUGGGACUAAAAAAUCGAAAACCCUAUGUCAGUGUAAAGGAAGACACACUUAUAACGGGAGGUAUCGCAAAUGGAAAUAUGAUUUCUGAAGCCAUCAAGGUGUCUGGUACUAAUUCAGGAAAUGCUAUGAAUCCUCUGACUGGGCUUGCACCAGUCAGCUUUACCAGCAUGCCUCAGUCCACCAUUCCCUCCAUACCUCGAAGCUGCCGCCAACCUGCUGUUUCCCCAGUGCCUGACAGGGUGGACCCUUUGGAGGACUCCGAGCUGAUGGGAGAUGAUUUAGACAGUCUGCUCGACUGCUUCCCCACUGAGCAGGAGUCAACUGAUACCCACAUCCAGGCAGCAUUCUCAGCUCCCGGCAAGACAUCCAUUUGCGCACACAAGGUUCCUUCAGUCCUGCCUGCCCCAACACCCCAGCUACCCCCUGCCUUCUUCACUUUGGCCAUCAGCCAACUCAACUCCCUAGAUUCAUUUUCAGGUGGUGAGCAAAUCACUACGACUGAAGCACUGGAUACCCUGGACGACCUCUUGACCUCGCAGGGGCUGGAUGCCUUAGACAACUUCUCUGGAAUUGGAGGUGGCACAGGUGCUACAAAUUUAGGACCAACCCCUGCAGCGCUGGAUACCCUGGAUGGUCUUGAUUCCCUGGAUGACUUCUUGGAUACUACACCUAAUGCUGCUGCUGCUAUUGAAGAAGUUAAUGAAUCUAAAACAGAAUUGUUCUUGAGGGAAAAGUCCCUUGAUGAUUUGAUAGAUGAACUAGAUCCCCUUGAGACUGUCUCGGAUCCACUUAGUCAGAGUGGUGAUGUCUCUACAAUUGAUGUGAAAGCUGUGGAUCAGCUUGACUCCCUUGAUGUCCUGGACCCGUUUCCCUUAGUGGAAGGUGUUAGGGCAGCUUUGCCAUCAGUCUCCAUUACGGGAAUAGAUCCGGACUUGCUCACCGAUUUCAGCUCAACUGGUAUCCCAGGCUCUCACACUGCUGCAGCUCCAGUAAUGCGAUCUCCAAAGAAUAACAAAAAAGAGAGGAAAAACCAAGUGCCAGUUGCAGUCUCGAACCCACUAUCCUCAACCCAUGAAUUCCUGCAGGCCUGCUCUGCCUGUUUCCCUCGGGAAGGUCAGGGGAUAUAUACUUUCGUUCACAAGCCAGACCUGGUUCACAGCUGUAAGCGAGACAUUCUGUUAUGUAGACGAAAGGCAGCUUACCCUUCAGAGUGGACCAGAGUGCGACCAAUUCCUCCUUGGACGUCCUUCAGAGGGCCCUUUGUACUUUGCAAGGAGAUGCUGAAGUUUGGGGGUUCGGGCCGUUGUAAGUACAGAGAGAAAUGUAUGUUUGCCUACAACCAGCUGGAGAUCGAUGUUUGGACAGAAGAGAGGAAGGGGACGCUGGACAGAAGCCUGCUGUUUGAAACAGCAGUUGUCACACUGGACCCUGUGAACAGCAUCAUACACCUUCUGCAGGAACACAAGGGCAUGUUCGUGUUCCUCUGUCAGGAGUGCUAUGACAGUAAACCUAGAAUCAUCAGUAAGCGCUGCAGAGACAAUCAUACCAUCUGCUCUAACUUGGCUGUUCGCCACACCUUUGAUGCUAAUAAGUGCUUGGCAUUUGUGGUGAGGACCCACAAUGUGAACUACAGGAAAGUCCGUCCACUGAGCGUCCUGUGCCAGUUGGAUUUGUGCCACCAAGCCAUCCGGUACGGCUGCCAGAGAGAAGACUCCUGCCAUUACGCCCACUCUAUCAUAGAGCUCAAAACCUGGAGGGUGCAGCGAGACACAGGUAUCAGCCAUGAUGAGAUUGUGAAAAUAGCCACAAAGUAUUAUGACAAGCAGAAGCAAAAGUCAAACAAACAGAAAUGGAAUAGAUUGUCCUUUGGAAGUGGCGGGAGCAAACCAGGAGGAGGAGGAGGAGGAAAGAAUCUGAAUAUGAAUAUGAAGUUCGUCUGUGCUCAGUGCUGGCGGGAUGGCCUGGUCAGUGAACCAGACAAAGCCCUCAAGUACUGCACUGCUAAGGCCAAGCACACGUGGACUAAAGACAGACGAGUACUGCUGGUCAAGUCCUUAGAGAAAAAUAAAUGGGUUCAGGUCCGACCACUGCCACAUGCCAAGAACUUCCCUGUGCAGUAUGAUAUAUGUACCCAGAUUUUGGAGAAAAGGAAAUGUAACUACACUAGGAAAUGCACUUUUGCUCACAGCCAAGAGGAGAAGGAGAUGUGGAUGUACAUGAAAAAUAAUGACUUGCGGGACAUGCAGCAGAUAUAUGACAUGUGGCUAACAUUAACCACCCAAAACCACCAAGCAGAGGGAGCCAUGGUCACCCAGCCCAUCCCAGAAGAGAAAUAUAUUGUCAUGCCCACGGACUAUGCUGAACCAAUGAAUGGCUUCCACUGCCAUCUGUGCGGUAGACACAGUAACAGUGAGCGGCAGUGGCAGCAGCACAUCUCCUCUGAGAAGCACAAGGACCGAAUGUUCAGCUGUGAGGGAGAAGACGAGGCUCUGACGUGGAGUUACCGUUUUCCUGGAACAUACUUUGAACUCUGCCCCAAGUUGGAUGGCGGCUGUCCUGACGGUGUGAGCUGCGACUACGCCCACAGCCCGGAGGAGCUGGUCGAGUGGACUGAGAGACGGGAUUUCCUGCGACAGAAGCUGGCCAAAGCCAGGGAAGACAUGCUCAUCAUGCCUGAUGAAUUUAACUUUGGGAAGUACAACUUUCUACUUCAGGACUGAUACCAAUUUAGCUUUUGACUUUGUGAGCCUUUUUUCUAACUGCCAAACUAGCAUAUCAGUGUAUUAGGAGUUUUAAAAUCUAAAACCAAAACGAGCAGGCGAUGUGAUCGAACUAUCAGUGUGUCCAAUUUGCCUAAAGAUCACUUGCAAUCUGAAAGACAUGUAUCUAUGUUGAGAUUUGCUUUCUCAAAAUGCCAUAUACCAUUUACUUUAAAUUGGUAAAUAUUUUAAUUUCUUCAUGCUCAUGUCUGUUCAGCUGAAACAUCAGUACAAACUAUUCAAUGCUGUGAAAGUAAGGCCACUGUUGGUGCCACUCUAAAAAAACACAGCAGGAACAAACACACACUGUUAAUUACAGAACAUUUGUGGAGGGUCUAUAUUUAACCAUAUAUGCAGCUUUUUGUGUGCUUUGAUUCAUGUGAUGUUCACACAAGUCUUUGUUAAAGUGUUUUGUUCUUUUCCCUUCUGUUUAAGUAGGAAGUAUAUUAAGAGUGCUUUCAUUCCAUAUUUCCUUAAAAGAGAGAGGAUGUUCAAAACAUCUAACUGCAUUAAAAAACUGCCCACAAACUA